UGUCAAUGAUGCGUUAACCAAACUAUUGAAUUAUCAUAAUAAUCUGUGAAAUGAAACUGAACAUUUAUGGCCGCUAGAUUUCUUGUUUAUUUCAUUAUUUGACGUUCUUUCAUUUUCCGUUGACCCAGGUGGGGAUCGUAAGGAAGAAUCAAUCUUAUUAAUUGACGAUAAACGUUUGCAUAAUAAACUGUGAAAUAAAAUAUCAAUCUGGAAGUCCUACAAGUUCAACCGGAGGGCGCCGAAAUGACGUCCGUGGCAAGAAGGCAAGAACAGGACGAUUCUUGCGAUUACUCGGAUGCAUCGCAAGAUAUCGAACAAAACAAUUCAGGAAACGAAGGUGUACCUCAGGAGUCUGAUUAUGACUCCCAGGGUAGUGACUCAGAGCACUCAGACCAGGAUCCAGACAAACAGGAGACUGAAAAACGUGUGGAUGACGACGAGGACAGAAGUAACCCUCAGUACAUACCCAAGCGUGGAACCUUUUACGAGCAUGAUGACCGUACAGCAGCUAGUGGUGAAGAAUCGAGCAACACAACAUCAGAGACAACCUCUGAGAAGAAGGAGGGGGGCGAAGCGCCCGCCGAGCGCCGUAGGGCUCCGCGCAAGUCCGACACGGUGAAUAAGUGGUCGCACGACAAGUAUAAUGAAAAUGAACAGGCGCCAAAAUCCCGUGACGAGUUGGUUGCCAUAUACGGGUAUGACAUACGAAAUGAAGACGCGCCGCCGCACGCGAGACGAAACAGGCGUUACGGCCGCGGGCCGAACAAGUACACGCGCACGUGGGAGGACGAGGAGGCGUACCGGCGGCAGGCGCUGCAGGCGGCGCACAAGAAGCCGCCCAGCCCGUCCGACUUCCCCGACCUCACUGCGGCCAACCGCCCCGGAAGAAAACCACGAGCCCCACGACCCCGUUCCAAGUCCCAGCCAGCGUCCAACGAAUCAUCAGAAAAUGGUUCACAGUUACGAAGGAACGCGUCCAUCAAAGCGAAGACUAAACCGAAACCAGCUGCGGUUAAAAGCAAGCCCGUUAAGGAUAAAAUGGAUAAAAUGCCACCGCUCGAGAAUCUCACUAUUACAACUACGGUUGUUAAUAAUAUUCAAGGAGCACCGCAGCCUCAGAGAAAAGUGAAUGCAGUGGCUCAACAGCGGCCGGUGCCAACUGAGUUGGGUAAAAAGAAACCAGCCGCACAGAGUCCGCCGAGUAGCGCAGCGCAGAAACAACAAGCGACACAACAGAUACAACAGAAACAACAGAGCCAACAACCGCAACAACCUGCUAGCGGUCCAGAAGCCCGCGGCGGUAGCAAGCGUUACAGCAGUCUACGACAGCGUCCGCUCACCGAGUCGUAUUCGCCGCAACAACCGCAACAACAACAACCACAGCCACAGCAACAACAACAGCCACAGCAACAACAACAGCCACAGCAACAGCAACAGCCACAGCAACAACCUCAGCCACAGCCACAGCAACAACAGCAACAGACUCAACAGCCGCCGCAACAGAAUCAACAGUACAGACAUCAUGGUGAGUUUGUAGCAGGCGGGAAUCAAACCAACAACCAACACCAGGGAAGUCCCGUUCCACAAAUACAUCCGCAGCAAAUGAUGCAUCAGCAAGUGCGUCUCGGCAUGAUGGAGCAGCAACAGAUAGUGUCGCACGCGCAUCACAACAUGCACAAUAUGCCGCAACCGCAUAAUAUAGUUCCAGGUCAGAUACAAGCCGCUCAAGGCUACGCACCGCCCGCCAUGAUGCCCGCACAGUAUAUGCAACAAAGCGGUAACCCACCGGUGUUCGGCGGUGCGAUGUUCCAGCCGCCGCAGUAUCCGCACCAAAUGUAUCCACACCAUAAUUAUGGUGCCCCGCCCGGGGCUGUGACGUACUACACGUGCGCGGAGCAGGAGCAGCCCGCCCGCACCCCGCGCCGCCCCACCGCCGCCAUACCCAUCGUGCGGCCCGACCGGCCCGUGCGGCCCGACAGAGCGGUGAACUCAACUGAAAAGGAUAACAUCGAUAGGAUUGUCGAAAACAUGUUCGUGAGGAAACCCUGGCCGGCUACACAUGGCGCGGAUUCAAAGGAAAAAGACAGGAGUUCGCAAGACCCGCCGAGCAGAGAAGUGUCCCAACCGAACAGUCUGACGUCCAGCUCUAUAUCCACCGACUCUAAAGAGGAGAAGAAGAAAGAAGACAAGGAGAGUCAGGAGGAGAGUCAGAAGAGUCAGAAGGAGAGUCAGAAAGAGAGCCAGGAAGAGAGGAAAGUGAGCGAGGAGGCCUGACCCUUGUUCUACGAGUGUUACGAGUUUUAUAGGCGGUAGUGGUGUAGGGUUGGCACAUCGUGGUUUUUAAAUAAUUUUUAAAAAAAAUUUAAUAGUGGGGGUAGUUUUUGAUUUUUUUGAAAUUAUUCGCAGCAAAAACCUUUUUGGUACUUUUUUGUUGGUGGAUAAAAUAUAUUUGGAAAGGUAGUAGUCUUAUUCGAAUUGAUUGUGAAUUUUUCAGUUACUUAAAAAUUAAAUUGGUCCAUUUUUAUAGAUUAAAGAAUUUUUUUUUUUUACUUUAGAGGGUAGUCAAAAUUAAAGCAAUAUUUUUUUUCUUUAGAAUGUCGAAAUAGGGUAUUUUUUAAAGAUAAUGUAAAUUUUCAGUUAACCGCGAUGUGCCAAUACUUCCUUCGUGUAUUUGAACAUAAAAUAUAAAAGUACUAUACCUUAUAUAGAUUAUGAAAUCUGUGCUAUUAAAAAAAAAAAAUUAUUAUAUUUUUUGUCUAAUGUCGGAUGAUGUAGAGAGAUAAACUUAAUUUUAAAUUCGAUAAACAAUAAUUUUCUGUUUUAAUCAAUUAUUAUGAUAAAUAAAUAAUUGACAUAGUGAAAAAAUUUAACUAUUGAUUUCAUAUUAAGAUUGGUUCAUUUUUAAGAUGAUGUUGGAUGUCAUCCAUCCAUUCCUCUUUAAGAAACCAGAUUUUAAAUAAGCAAAAUCAAAUAAUUGACAUAAUAAACUUAACGAAUUUAAAAAUUCAUCAAAAUCGGUUUACGCAUUUAUAGGUUAUGGUGGUAGAAAUAAACUCUCUUACAUGAUCUUUUGUUAUGAGUUAAUUAUCUAAAUUUACAUUUGACGUAGGUAAUUAAAAAGAGAUAAAUAGAAUUUAGAAAGUGUUAAAUAAUUACCUUUAAAAAUUUGGAGUAAUAAUAAGUAUAACUGAUGAAUUAUUAAAAUUUUAAAACGCUUAUCAACUAUUUUAUGUAGUAAAUAAUAACGUCAUAAACAAAAAAUACAUUUAACUCCACAGUUAUUCUUAAAAACGUCACUUAAAAUAUCUUAUGAUAAGAGAUUUUAAAAAUAUAAAUACGUAAUUUAAUAAAAAUAAAAAUUUAGGAAUAAAAACGGUAAAUAGUUUAAAGAUAUUGAAAUUCCAUAAUACUCUACACAUCCAAGAAAUUAGGUACGAAAAAUGUAACGAAUAUAAAAUAAAAUUUAUUUAACAACCACACUAAUAAGAAACAUGAAGUAAAAUUUUGGGUUAAAAUUAUGAAAAACUAUGAGUUUGACGGUUUUAAAGCGGUUUAAUUUUGAGUUUAUAUUUUUCUAUAGUUUCAUGUACAGAUAAAAAUACACUUAUGAAAUAUAGAUUAAGAAUCAUUAAAAUAGAUAGACUGAAAAAAAAUCAAUUUUAAAUCUUAAUUUAUUGUAUUUAGAAAUAGCUCGAGUAAAUAAUUAUUGUGGUCAACCUCUUAAUAUUUGGCUGUGUUCCUUAGGAAUUGUCAUGUGUUAUACAUAAGGGGAUGACAUCGCAAUAAAUAGAUAAUAAAUAAUCAUAAAUAUUUAAUGGACGUUUGUUUUUGUUUUUUUAAAUGGCAACAAUUUUGGUUCGUAAAGAUUCUACUUUAAGAUUGCGACUUGUAUCAAUAAUUAUUGAAUAAAUUAUUUAAAAAAAAUCGUAAAGUUUCCGCGGGAUAUAAUUAUUUUUGAGAUCCAAAUUAAAACAAAAGAAAAUUUUAUACAUAAUGAAAGUGACUUUAAUGUAAUUUGUAUUUUUUUGUGUGGCAACACUAAAAGUAUAUCUGUGGUUUUGUUUGACAGUUAUUGGUAUGUUUUUUUCUGUGAAUACACGAAUAAAUAGCAAACAAUAAAACCUCGUGUUUGUUUUGUAUUAUGAAUAAUUACGUAUUAUUUUUUAUAAAAGCAAUUUUGGAGGCCAUGCUAAUAAAUAAUUACUUUAAAAUAAUUAUUCUUAAUAUAAAACAAAUAUAGAAAUGUUUCGACUGUAUACAUCUGUUGAUUUGUUAGCGCAAAAUUUUGUAGUUUUCACUAUUAGUAAAAUACGAUUAUUGAACAAUAUGUUUGAAUGAUAUACAAUUCAAAUUACGAUAAAAUAUAAAGAACACAAUUAUGUUAUAUUGUACGAGAAAUAAACACUAACGGCCUUACUAAUAAAAAGUUAAACAAUGGAUAAAUUUCUACCAUUUUCUACUAUAGCUGUGUCCUGCUCUUGCUCACAUGAAACGUCAAUCAUAAAACCAAGACAGGUUAUUGCAAUAACUAAUCCAUUGCAAAGCGAAUGGGUAACAUUUUAUUAGUAAGACCGUUUAUGUAUAAGAAUAUACUAAAUACAUAACUUGUCUAUGACUUUUAAGUCUAUGGUUAAUAUUAUAUGGAAAAUAUAUGCAUCUAUAUAAAUAGCGAUCGAGUCUCAAGGAAAAGUCUAUCAAACGACAAUAAGAUUUAUCGCGAUGAAUAUUUUCUAUAAAUUAUGGCUUUUGUAUUUGCGAAAUGAAUUAAAUUUUACAAAUAUAUUAUAAUUAUAUUAAGGGAGAUUCCAAUUUUGGCAUCAUACUACCAUUUCUGUUAUCUAUGUAUAAAUAUUAUAUCUAUCAUAUUAUUAUAAUGUAGAUUAAAAAUAUCCAAUUUAUUCUUGUGUCGAGUAUUGCCAGUAUCUUAUUAAAGGCUGAUUCUUCAAUCCUCGGUUAAAACUUAUUCAUCGAAUAACGUAUUAAACUACCAUUUCAAAAAUGUAUUGUAAUUGUCCGUAUUUGACAGUUUAUAGGUGACAUUUUAAUAAGUUCGUGUAAUACUUUACUGGACGGAUACAUUAUAACCAAGGGUUGAAAAAAGGCCCUGAAUCUUAUUUUUUAAAUUACUUAUGUUGUUUUGACUAGUCCUUAAUUAAGUGUCGAAAUGGAAAUGUUUUGUUUUAUAAACUGAGUUUGACUGCUGGCAACAGUAUUGACUCAUUCAUGUUUUGUAUAAAAGGGAAAAUUAAAAAAAAAAUGCUUUUGUAUACUAGUAUGGUUAUUUAUUCAUAAGAAAAACUUCUUUAACUGA